AUGAGAAACCACUCGGUAAAAGACGAGCGAGCCAACGACUCGACGGGUCAAAAACAAGACCCCGUCGAGAGAAGAAGACUUCAGAACCGGCUUUCACAGCGAAACCAUCGCCGCAAAAUCCGCGACCGCAUCGCCAAACUACAAGAGCGUGUUAUCGCCAGCGAACUCAGGGCCGCCGCGAGUCUCAACGGCUGGGGAUAUCCAAACCCGGGUCCUUCAUCAAUGGAGCCUGUCGCUCCGUUUGAAGUUGAGAGCAAGACACUUUCGCCGGCUUCAGAAAACGCAGCCCACUUCGAUCCAUACUAUCCCGCGCCCCCGGGCGUCUGUCCUACCUGCAGCAGCUCCAUGGGAGCUAUACCCGUCAUCUGCUCACAACCCUUGACCCCGUCGUCCAUGUACGAAACCUCCAAGGAGAGCGAAUCGGCCAACUCGUCGCCUCCCUCCAUAACGAAUAGUUUUUAUGAGGCCGGGGUUAAUUUUUUCGGGCCGGACCUGUCGUCGUCGUCGUCGCCGUCGGCACUCAGCAAUUAUUCGGUGGCCGAGCUGAACGUUCCGUUCACUUCGGAAUCUUGGGAUCAGACCCAGUAUCCGUCGUCUGCAUUAUAUUAUGUCGCUACGGAAUCGUCGCUCCCGCAGAUCAUGCAAACGCUGGGUUCCGGAGCCUCCAGAACCAAGGCCCUGGUUCUGAUCCCACAAGCGCAGGCGACAGGGAUGUCCUUGGCCUCGCCGGUGUCUCAGGCCCCGACGUCCGGGGAGUCAACGACGCCUAUCAGCCCUUUAAGCCUGCAGGGCUGCGGGUGCCAGUGCCAAAACCAUGACGUAGUUGGGUUGUCAAAUCCGGGUUUCUGUCCUGUGCAUUCGACCCAAAAUAUGGAACAUUGUGCGCGGGGGAUGGUAUAA